AUGGGUGAUUAUGGUGGAAUGGAUAAAUCUACAGUUUCAAGAAUAAUUAAUUACCACAAACACAAGAAGAGAUUUUACGAACUUAGAGAAAUUUUUUUAUUAUUGUUGCAUUUCCAAAAUGCGAGCGUACGUGCGUGCGUGCGUGUGUGUAAUAUAGAUGGUGAUGAUGCAGAAGUUUUUAGAAACAGAAAAUCAUAUUUUUCCUUAAAUGUACAAGUUGUGAUAAACGUAGAUAAUGAAAUAAUGGAUAUUGUAAUGAUUCUGUUUACACACCCUACAAGACCUUAUUUAUUUACAUCAUUAUUAAAUUUUCAAGGCCCUGCUCAAUUAUAUAAUGAAUCACAUAUCAGAACAAGAACUAGAGUAGAACAUACGUUUGGUCUUUGGAAACAUAGAUUUCCAAUAUUAGCAUAUGGAUCUUGUUUAUAAAUCAAUACAAUAAUGAUAAUACUUGUAGCAACUGCUAUUGCAUAAUA